CUGGCGGCCGCAUCUGCCUCCCCUGUCUCUCUUACCUCCUUGAUGUUCGGCACUAUUUGUGGCCGGCGUGGUGGAAGGACACAGUGAGGUUCUCACCCGCGCCCCCCGCCCCCGCUCGCAUCCCCAGCUCCAUCAAAGCGGGCCCGGGCCAGCGCAAGGAUCUCCGAGUUGCGACUGUGCUGAGGCUGGGACUGUCACUCAUUCUCCGAUCCGCGCGUGAACGCAGCUCGGCGGCCGCUGGCAGGAAACAAUUCUGCAAAAAUAAUCAUACUCAGCCUGGCAAUUGUCUGCCCCUAGGUCUGUUGCUCUGCCGCCGUCCACGCUCGCUGCAAGGGGGGAGGCACAGAAUUUGCCGCGGCACGAACAUCCCUCCCAGCCAGCAGAUUACAAUGCUGCCAACUAAGGAUCUCAUCUGGACUUUGUUUUUCCUGGGAACUGCAGUUUCUCUGCAGGUGGACAUUGUUCCCAGCCAAGGGGAAAUCAGCGUUGGAGAGUCCAAGUUCUUCUUGUGUCAAGUGGCGGGAGACGCCAAAGACAAAGACAUCUCCUGGUUCUCUCCCAAUGGAGAAAAGCUCACCCCAAAUCAGCAGCGGAUCUCGGUGGUGUGGAAUGAUGACUCUUCGUCCACGCUCACCAUCUACAAUGCCAACAUUGACGACGCCGGCAUUUACAAGUGUGUGGUCACUGGCGAGGACGGCACUGAGUCAGAGGCCACAGUCAAUGUGAAGAUUUUCCAGAAGCUCAUGUUCAAGAACGCGCCAACCCCACAGGAGUUCCGGGAGGGAGAAGACGCUGUGAUUGUGUGUGAUGUGGUCAGCUCCCUGCCCCCAACCAUUAUCUGGAAGCACAAAGGCCGAGAUGUCAUUCUGAAAAAAGAUGUUCGAUUCAUAGUCCUGUCCAACAACUACCUGCAGAUCCGGGGCAUCAAGAAAACAGACGAGGGCACCUACCGCUGUGAGGGCAGGAUCCUGGCAAGGGGGGAGAUCAACUUCAAGGACAUUCAGGUCAUUGUGAAUGUGCCUCCCACGGUCCAGGCCAGACAGAGCAUAGUGAAUGCCACCGCCAACCUGGGCCAGUCCGUCACCCUGGUGUGUGAUGCUGAAGGCUUCCCAGAGCCCACCAUGAGUUGGACCAAGGAUGGGGAACAGAUAGAGGAUGAGGAAGACGAGAAGUACAUUUUCAGCGAUGACAGUUCUGAGCUGACCAUCAGGAAGGUGGAUAAGAAUGACGAGGCUGAGUAUGUCUGCAUUGCCGAGAACAAAGCUGGAGAGCAGGAUGCGUCCAUCCACCUCAAAGUCUUCGCAAAACCCAAAAUUACAUAUGUAGAAAACCAGACGGCCAUGGAACUGGAGGAACAGGUCACGCUGACUUGUGAGGCCUCAGGAGACCCCAUUCCCUCCAUCACCUGGAGAACAUCCACCCGAAACAUCAGCAGCGAAGAAAAGGCUUCGUGGACUCGACCAGAGAAGCAAGAGACCCUGGACGGGCACAUGGUGGUACGCAGCCACGCCCGCGUGUCGUCGCUCACCCUGAAGAGCAUCCAGUACACGGACGCCGGCGAAUACAUCUGCACAGCCAGCAACACCAUUGGCCAGGACUCGCAGGCCAUGUACCUCGAAGUGCAGUACGCCCCCAAGCUGCAGGGACCCGUGGCCGUGUAUACGUGGGAAGGAAACCAGGUGAACAUCACCUGUGAAGUCUUCGCCUACCCCAGUGCCACCAUCUCUUGGUUCCGCGAUGGUCAGCUCCUGCCAAGUUCCAACUACAGCAAUAUCAAGAUCUAUAGCACCCCUGCGGCCAGCUACCUGGAGGUCACCCCAGACUCUGAGAAUGACUUCGGGAACUAUAACUGUACUGCUGUGAACCGCAUCGGACAGGAGUCAUUGGAGUUCAUCCUGGUCCAGGCCGACACCCCCUCUUCGCCCUCCAUCGACCAGGUGGAGCCUUACUCAAGUACAGCGCAAGUGCAGUUUGAUGAACCGGAAGCCACAGGCGGGGUGCCCAUCCUCAAGUACAAGGCCGAGUGGAGAGCUGUGGGCGAGGAAGUGUGGCAUUUCAAGUGGUAUGAUGCCAAGGAAGCCAACAUGGAGGGCAUCGUCACCAUCGUGGGCCUAAGGCCUGAGACAACCUAUGCCGUGCGGCUGGCGGCUCUCAAUGGCAAGGGCCUGGGUGAGCUCAGUGCCGCCUCUGAGUUCAAGACACAGCCAGUCCAUAGCCCUCUUCCACGAGAGCCAAGUGCACCGAAGCUGGAAGGGCAGAUGGGAGAAGACGGGAACAGCAUUAAGGUGAACCUGAUCAAGCAGGAUGAUGGUGGCUCACCCAUCAGACACUACCUGGUCAAGUACCGAGCGAUGCUGUCCUCCGAGUGGAAGCCAGAGAUCAGGCUCCCGUCGGGCAGCGACCAUGUCAUGCUCAAAUCCCUGGACUGGAACGCAGAGUACGAGGUCUACGUGGUGGCUGAGAACCAGCAGGGCAAGUCUAAGGCAGCUCAUUUUGUGUUCAGGACCUCGGCCCAGCCCACCGCCAUCCCAGCCAAUGGCAGCCCCACAGCAGGCCUGAGCACCGGGGCCAUCGUGGGCAUCCUCAUCGUCAUCUUCGUGCUGCUCCUGGUGGUGGUGGACAUCACCUGCUACUUCCUGAACAAGUGCGGCCUGCUCAUGUGCAUCGCAGUCAACCUGUGUGGGAAGGCCGGGCCCGGAGCCAAGGGCAAAGACAUGGAGGAGGGCAAAGCCGCCUUCUCGAAAGACGAGUCCAAGGAGCCCAUUGUGGAGGUGAGGACUGAAGAGGAACGGCCCCCCAACCACGACGGAGGGAAGCACGCGGAGCCCAACGAGACCACGCCGCUGACAGAGCCCGAGCUGCCUGCCGACACCACAGCCACUGUCGAGGACAUGCUGCCUUCUGUCACCACCGUCACCGCUAACUCUGACACUAUCACCGAAACCUUUGCCACUGCUCAGAACAGCCCUACCAGUGAGACCACCACCCUGACCUCCAGUAUUGCCCCCCCAGCCAAUGCCACCCCUGACUCAAACUCUGUGCCCGCCGGCCAGGUCUCCCCUUCCAAGGGGCCCGGCGCUGUCACCUCUGCCCCAUCCCCAGCCUCAGCCCCCAAGGUGGCCCCGCUUGUCGACCUGAGUGACACCCCGACUUCAACCCCCGCUGCCAGCAAUUUGUCUUCUAGCGUCCUGGCUAACCAGGGGGCUGUACUCAGCCCCAGCGCCCCUGCCAGCGUCGGGGAGGCUUCCAAGGCCCCUCCGGCCAGCAAGCCAGCCCCUGCGCCAGGCCCUACCUCGGCCGGGACAGCCAGUCCCCUAGCAGCGGCGGCUGCCCCUGCCCCAGAAACCCCCCCGGCCAAGCAGGAGGCUCCCAGCACCAAAGGCCCGGACCCCGAGCCCACCCCGUCCGGAGCCGUGAAGAGCCCGGCCGAGGCCGCCACGGGCCUCUCUAGCCCGAAGAGCGAGGGCGCCUCCGUCAACGCCACAAACCCUGCCCAGGGCGAGGACUUUAAAAUGGACGAAGGGAACUUCAAGACCCCUGAUAUUGACCUUGCAAAGGAUGUUUUUGCAGCCCUGGGCUCUCCUGCUCCCGCCGCUGGGGCCAGUGGACAAGCCCCUGAGCUUGCUCCUUCCACUGCAGACAGCUCUGUUCCGCCUGCACCAGCCAAGACCGAGAAAGGCCCCGUAGAAGCAAAGCCGGAGUGCCCGGAGACAGAAACGAAGCCAGCGCCAGCCGAUGUGAAGACGGUGCCCAACGACGCCACACAGACAAAGGAGAAUGAGAGCAAAGCAUGAUGGGGGACGAGAAGCCAGCAAAGAUCAAAAUACAAAGUGACACAGCAGCUUCACCAGAGCAUUUCCAAUGUUCCAGCACACACACACACACACAUACACACACACAUGCACACGCACAUACACACACACACACAUACACACACA